GACUUCAUCUCUCCAGUAAGGGAUAUUUCCCGGCGUGCAUUUCGUGCAUUGCUCGUCAGCCAUAUUAGUCUUCAUGGCUUGUGCAUUGGUUGUUUAUGGAGAGUUUGUUUGUAUAUACGACUUGAGUGCAGUGGGAUUAUGUGAUUACCCUUGAUACUUGGAAUAAUGGAUAUAUCUCCCGGCCUGCACGACAGUCAAUCCACAGGUACACUGCAGAUGAACAAAAUGAUUGGACUUGAGUGCUUGUUGUCUUGGAGCAGUUGACAAGGGGCUCUAUGGCACCGAUAACUAUGGACAGGCUCAGGUGCCACACCCGGUCCACUCACAGGCACAACUCAGGCGCUCGCACACGCAUGAAAAACAAAUCGAUAACUGGAUCCACUGCGCACACAGAUGCAGUGCGGCUGGGCAGCUUCAGCAAGGGUGAUGCACUGCCGAAACGGGAGGAGCUACCCCACACUGCUGAUGGAUACGACACCCAAGGUGUUCUGCUGGUGCAACGGUGCCUGAUCGUGCGGCGGGAUGAGAAGGGCUAUGGUCUGACUGUCUCAGGCGAUAACCCUGUUUUUGUGCAGUCUGUCAAGCCAGGUGGGGCAGCGGCACGGGCAGGUGUCCACCAAGGUGACCGUAUCAUCAAAGUCAAUGGGACGUUAGUGACACAGUCCAACCACCAAGACGUAGUUCACCUUAUCAAGUCGGGAGCGCACGUGGCACUCACCCUGCUCGGACCGCCCUUUCCUCUGGUGUGGGUGGUGAGCGACCAAAACAACACUGCUGGGGGUGGAACCACCAGCACAGCACCUGCAGCCUCGCCACCCAGCCAGCCAGCCGCUAGUUUCAAAGCAUUCUUCAGAAACCCUGAGAAGCAACAGCAAUGCACAAACAUCUCGUACCUGACAAUCAAGAAGAUGCUGGAAAAAGAGCAGUCAUACCUGAUGGCACGACGACUGGUCGACAGCGGGGCGUGA